AUGUCGGACGAUAAAGUAGAAAUAAAGGAGAGCGACAUGGAGGAGGCCGAGCAAUCCGUAGUGAUAGGCGUUGUUCGAGAAGCUCAACGGUUGUACAAUAUCGACAAGGAUGUAGCCGCAUUCAUCAAGGAAGAAUUGGACAAACAACUGGGAGCAACUUGGCAUAUCAUAUGUGGGAAGUGUUUUGGCUCUCGCGUUUCCUAUGAGAUGGGACAUUUUCUGUUGCUGAAGUGUAAUAAGGUGAAUGUAAUGAUCUUCAAAUGCGGCUACUAG